AUGGAUAUCACCCCGUUCCUGUCGCAUCCAAAGGUCUCGGCGAUCGUGGACAUUUCAGACGGUGAAAAGCAAGACCUUGCACUGGUAUUCAUCAAAGCCUUUGAUGACGGAGGCAACGACUUUCCGAUCGACUUCGAUGAUGUGUGGUUGUUUUUGGAGUACUCUUCGAAAGGGAACGCCCUGCAAAAACUGAAGCGGUGCUUUAAGGAGGGUACUGAUUUCCGGAGGGAUGUUGUGAGACAUCACAAGAACCCUUCCGGAGCAGAUCUAGGUGGAAGACCGACGGACAAAUACUUCAUGACCACGAAGGCCUUCGAGUUCUUCGCGCUGAGUGCACUUGGGGACAAGGGGGAUCGGGUCAGAUCUUUCUUCCUCGCCGUUCGCGAUGCGUGGCUCGACUCGGCUACCGUACACGCGCGGCCCGAAGAGCCUAAUGCCAUGAUGCUGUACCAACUCGAGAAGGGGAAGCUGAAAGUGGAGACGGAAAGACUGCGCAUCGAAAAUAGAAGGUUGGAAGAAGAGGCUCCAGCCAAGCGCAUCCGUUUUGCUCACGAGUGGCGCAGCACACUCGAGGGAAUCGGAGCCUUUACGGUUACAGACUUGAUGAGCUUCCAGGGGAUCGUCCGCGAGGCUAAAAACCUCACCGGACUGGGUCACCGCGCGAGUGGACCGGUACCACCAGCCUUGGAACGGGCGCCGGUUGUGAAAGAGUACACGCUGUCUGAAUACCUGCAGCUCGAGCAUGGAAAGGUGUUCAAUUCCAAGCAGCUACAAAUUCCCGGGAAAAUCCUCGCAGAAAAAUAUAGGCAGAUUGCCGGGAAGGAGCCAGGGACGAAACUCGUGGAAGUCAACGGGCGGGCGACCCACGUGAAAGCUUACAGGAACGAGCAGAUCGAGGGGACCGACCCAGACGCUACUGGUUUUGACCUCAUGCAUAGGGUUGCCCGGGAACACAAGUUUUUAGGCGUGUUCCCUUCGUUCAACUACAAAAGGAUUGUCCAUUUCACCAACUGGCUGAAUCAGGUGCUCGGCAAAGAAAGGACAGUCAUCCCACACGAUGUCAUCGAUGCGGUGAAGGCUGAAUUCAGGAAGGCAGACAUGACGUCUGUCGACGAGAUCACUCCCCAAAAAGUUCGUGGUUACUUGAAGAAGCUCAAUCUGUCACAGUAUUACGAGCAUUCGGUGUCCAUCUGCCGGUCCCUAGGCGGGGCAGCAGAACCUGAGAUAGACACUGAGAUGAAAGAGAAGAUCAUAUUCAUGUUUUCGGCUGUGCAAGAGCCGUUCCAGAAGAACAAACCGCCGGGGCGGGCGAGCUUCCUCUCGUACGCAUUCUGCUUGUACAAGUUCUGCCAGCUGUUGAAGAUAGAUCAGAUGCUGGUUCACGUACCGUUGGUGAAGAGUAGGGUGAAGCUGAGGGUAUACGACGGGAUAUGGGAAAGGAUCUGGCAAGACCUAUCAUGGCAUUUCAUCCCUACAGAUACUUAA